CACCAGGGCAGCAAGCCGCCGCAGCCGCCGCCGCUGUGCUGAGGAGCCGGAGACGCGGGCGGACGAGGUGGCGGCGGCGGCGGAGCGGGAGCGGGGAGCGGACGCGGGCGGAGCGCGGCGGCGCGGGUGUAUUCCAGAGAACAGUUUUCAAACAUCCUUGCUUAUAUUUGGCAUUGAGCAGUCAGGGGAUUCAGGCAUAUGAGGAGGUACUGUCACACAAAACAGUGUCUAGUGAAGACAACAAGAAAGAGAGAAAAGGAUCGGAAAAAGAAGCUAAAAGACCAUAGGAAACCAUGAGAUCUAUUAGGUCUUUUGCCAAUGAUGAUCGCCAUGUUAUGGUGAAACAUUCAACAAUCUAUCCAUCUCCGGAGGAACUUGAAGCUGUUCAAAAUAUGGUGUCUACUGUUGAAUGUGCUCUUAAACAUGUCUCAGAUUGGCUGGAUGAAUCAAAUAAAGGCACAAAAACUGAAGGGGAGACCGAAGUAAAGAAAGAUGAGGCUGUGGAAAACUAUUCCAAGGAUCAAGGUGGCCGAACAUUGUGUGGUGUAAUGAGGAUUGGCUUGGUUGCAAAAGGCCUGCUGAUUAAAGAUGAUAUGGACCUGGAGUUGGUUUUAAUGUGCAAAGACAAACCUACAGAAACCCUGCUAAAUACAGUCAAGGAUAACCUUCCUAUUCAGAUUCAGAAACUGACAGAAGAGAAAUACCAAGUGGAACAAUGUAUAAAUGAAGCAUCCAUUAUAAUUCGGAACACGAAAGAGCCAACAUUGACUUUGAAGGUGAUACUUACUUCCCCUCUAAUUAGGGACGAAUUGGAGAAGAAGGAUGGAGAAAAUGUAAUGGUGAAAGACCCUCCGGACUUAUUGGACAGGCAGAAAUGUCUGAAUGCCUUGGCUUCGCUUCGACAUGCCAAAUGGUUUCAGGCAAGGGCAAAUGGAUUAAAAUCAUGUGUAAUUGUCCUCCGCAUUCUGCGUGAUUUGUGCAACAGAGUACCGACAUGGGCACCAUUGAAAGGAUGGCCACUAGAGCUUAUAUGUGAAAAGUCUAUAGGUACUUGUAAUAGACCUUUGGGCGCUGGGGAGGCCUUGAGACGAGUAAUGGAGUGUUUGGCAUCUGGAAUACUACUUCCUGGCGGUCCUGGUCUUCACGAUCCUUGUGAGCGAGACCCAACGGAUGCUCUGAGCUACAUGACCACUCAGCAAAAAGAAGACAUCACUCACAGUGCACAGCACGCACUUAGACUAUCAGCCUUUGGCCAGAUUUAUAAAGUGCUGGAGAUGGACCCUCUUCCAUCUAGUAAGCCUUUUCAGAAGUAUUCCUGGUCAGUUACUGAUAAAGAAGGUGCUGGGUCUUCAGCUCUAAAAAGGCCAUUUGAAGAUGGAUUAGGGGAUGAUAAAGAUCCCAAUAAGAAGAUGAAGCGAAACUUAAGAAAAAUUCUGGAUAGUAAAGCAAUAGACCUUAUGAAUGCACUAAUGAGAUUAAAUCAGAUCAGGCCCGGGCUUCAAUAUAAGCUUUUGUCACAGUCUGGCCCAGUCCAUGCCCCAGUCUUCACAAUGUCUGUAGAUGUGGAUGGCACAACAUACGAAGCCUCAGGACCAUCCAAGAAAACAGCAAAGCUUCAUGUGGCAGUGAAGGUUUUACAGGCAAUGGGAUACCCAACAGGUUUUGAUGCAGAUGUUGAAUGUGUGAGUUCCGAUGAAAAAUCAGAUAAUGAAAGCAAAAAUGAAACAGUGUCUUCAAACUCAAGCAAUAAUACUGGAAAUUCUACAACUGAGACCUCCAGUACCUUAGAGGUAAGAACUCAGGGUCCUAUCCUCACAGCAAGUGGUAAAAAUCCUGUGAUGGAACUCAAUGAAAAAAGAAGAGGUCUCAAGUAUGAACUCAUCUCAGAGACUGGUGGAAGCCAUGACAAGCGCUUUGUAAUGGAGGUAGAAGUAGAUGGACAGAAAUUCAGAGGUGCAGGUCCAAACAAGAAAGUGGCCAAGGCAAGUGCAGCAUUAGCUGCUCUGGAGAAGUUGUUUUCUGGACCCAAUGCGGCAAAUAAUAAGAAAAAGAAGAUCAUUCCUCAGGCAAAGGGUGUUGUGAAUACAGCAGUAUCUGCAGCAGUCCAGGCAGUUCGGGGCAGAGGAAGAGGAGCUCUGACAAGAGGAGCAUUCGUCGGGGCUACAGCAGCUCCUGGCUAUAUAGCUCCAGGUUAUGGAACACCAUAUGGCUACAGCACAGCCGCUCCUGCAUAUGGUGGUUUUUUCAUUGACAGCCCCUAUUGCCAGCCUCUGAGCGUCGCACCAUUUAUUAUUCACUUGGGCCCUCAAGAUUUCUUCUCUGACUUCUAGAACCAUCAGGUUGUCUGGCUUGAAUGACAAUUUUCUAUAUCUUGGUCUUAGGAGCAAUGUGACCCCUGAGGCUUUCCAGCUUUCAGAUCUACCACUCUAAACCUUUUUGAAAACAAUGACUCAGAAUUUUAAAGAAGAGCAAUACUUUGUCCAAAGCCACGAUGUCUGUUUUAAAGCUCUCCUUUUGGAAAUGUAGCAAUACCUAGACGUAAGCCCUUCAUUGUAGCUCUUGUCAGGGAGUUUACAGAUCAGGGUAGAGCUUAGACUCUGUGUGUGAGCUGUGCUACCCUCUGACACUUUUUAGUCGUUUUUAGCACAUAUCUCGAGCACAUACAUUUCUGACUGUGUCAGCUAGCAGUAUUAUAAUUUAUCUGAGACAGGUGUCCUCCUUAAGCCAUAUCUUUUGGUGGGGGCCAGCACUUCACCAGGGGUGUGGCUGGCAACCUGUGUCCCUUAAGGCUGCAGGAGUGCCCCAUCUCUUGUGCCCCAUAAUGGCUCCAUAGAUUUCCAACAUACCUCAUGCUGAUGAGGUUCGGUGCAUAGUAUAGUGAAAUAAGGGGUUAGGUUUAAGUAACUCCUGAAAUUGUUUGUGAUCUCUCAUAUUGUUAUCCUUGGGAAUGAAAUACUGAUGGGUUUUGCUUGCAUUAGCCUUUUUUGAAAAAUUGGGUGAAUGUUUGAAAAUCAUGAAUCAGUCACCAUAAUUAAUUGAAGAGCUGGGAAUACCUCGUUAAUGUAUUUUUAAAACUGGUGUUGGACCCUC